AAAAAAGUGAUAAUGGUUUGCACGCAACAGUGACUAGUUUUGAGGAGCGUUAGGCUUUGUGUCAACUUGGUCACACUUAUUAGGUAUAGAUUGAUCGAGAUUCUAGUUGAUAAAUAUCAACAAACUAAUCUGAAAACUUCAUUUAAAUCCAUAAUAAAGAAAAGAGCGAGCUAGCAUAGCGACUAGACUAGCGAGGCUCAGAACCUAGAAGAAGCAGAAGAAGAGAAGCUAGAAGAGAACAAUCCACCCGCCCUGCAAACUUGCUCUUCUGCUUCUUCUUCUUCAAAAUCACAAACCAUGCCUGAUCCUCAUGCUCAUCGUCGUGAUGAUGAUCAUGGUCAUGGUCAGGACCUCCCCAUCACAACCACCAAAACCACAUCCACCACAGCCACCAGGAAGAAGUUAUCGCUGAUCCCUCUCAUCUUCCUCAUCUACUUCGAAGUGGCUGGCGGACCCUACGGCGAAGAGCCAUCCGUCCUAGCCGCCGGGCCCCUCUUGGCCAUCCUUGGUUUCCUCAUCUUCCCUUUCAUAUGGAGUGUCCCAGAAGCCUUGGUCACCGCCGAACUGGCCACGACAUUCCCUGGAAACGGGGGUUUCGUGAUAUGGGCAGAGCGAGCCUUUGGUCCAUUCUGGGGAUCCCUAAUGGGUAGUUGGAAAUUCCUGAGUGGGGUCAUCAACAUCGCCUCCUAUCCUGCUCUUUGCAUCGACUAUAUGGACAAGAUUGUCCCUGUUUUUCAAUCCGGUUGGCCUCGCUAUGUUGCAGUCACUGUUCUCACUCUGCUUCUUUCUUUUCUCAACUACACCGGUUUGACCAUCGUCGGCUAUGCUGCUGUUGUCCUUGCCAUCAUCUCUCUUUCACCUUUCAUUGUCAUGACUCUGAUUGCCAUUCCCAAGAUUCAUCCCCACCGUUGGAUCAGCUUGGGCCAGAAGGGGAUGAAGCAUGAUUGGAACUUGUUCGCCAACACCCUUUUCUGGAACUUGAACUUCUGGGACAAUGUCAGCACUUUGGCUGGAGAAGUCGAGAAACCCCAGAAGACUUUCCCUCUGGCUCUUUUUGUGGCCGUGAUUUUCACUUGCUCCGCUUAUGCGGUACCGCUUAUCGCUGUCACUGGGUCCGUCUCUGUGGACCAGAACAGAUGGCAAAAUGGGUUCCACGCAGAGGCUGCGCAAAUCAUCGCUGGCAAAUGGUUGAAGGUGUGGAUUGAAGUUGGCGCCGUGUUAUCGGUAAUUGGGCUGUUUGAAGCCCAGUUAAGCAGCUGUUCUUACCAGCUUCUUGGCAUGGCUAAUUUGGGUAUUCUGCCAGAGUUCUUUUCGGUUCGGUCCAAAUGGUUCCACACCCCAUGGCUUGGGAUUCUGCUUUCCACUUGCAUUGCUCUGGCAGUUUCCUUCAUGAAUUUCACGGAUAUAAUUUCGUCUGUGAAUUUCUUGUACAGUCUGGGGAUGUUGCUGGAAUUCUCAUCCUUUAUUUGGCUGAGAAGAAAGUUUCCUACUUUGAAGAGGCCCUACAGAGUCCCCAUGGGGAUUCCAGGUUUGAUAGUAAUGUGCUUAGUUCCGUCUGGGUUUUUGAUAUUUGUGAUGGCUGUUAGCUCUAAGGAGGUCUACUUGGUCAGUGGAUUGAUGACUGCGGGUGCAAUUCUGUGGUACUUCUUUAUGAAUUUUUGCAGGUCAAAGAACUUGUUUAAGUUCAGCAAAGAUCACCAAAUUGAAGAGCAAUGACUACUAAACUAAAACUACGAGUCUUUGUAGCAACAUUUAUAAUUGUGAUCAACUUUGAUUUUUCUUUUUCUUCUUGUUAUUGUUAUUCCUUUUCUUGGCUUUGAGAUUAGAAGAAUGUGCAGGUCAGGGCUGGAGACCCACAAUUAGAUGUUGUUUGUACUCCACUAUCCAUGUGUACAUACUUCAUGAUUUCAAAGAAUUAGUUGAAGUAGUUAAUUAUCUA